ACGCCGAGGUGUCGCGGUCCGUGGACAUCUUACUUCGUCUAAGAGAUAAACGUGCAGCUUUUGUAAUGGACGUAUUGUCUGAAGCGCGGUCCAAACCGCUUUCCACGCUGUCGGUGUUCAGCUUUAUACCGCCCAGAAGGACAGAGCCCAAAGAAACGCGCUAUUUCAGCUGCAGCCCCAAGGCCCCAGAGAGGUCUCUGUAUGACCGCUUACAUCAGAGCACUGAGGACUAUGAUAACAAACUACACCGUGAUGACAGAAAACAUGCCAAGUCCCGGGGCCUGGAUUUCUUCAGUGAGGAAUCAUCUAGACCAGCGCCCGUUCUGUCCUCGUCUGUGUACGGCCGGUUUUCACCGCUGCAGUACGACUCGGGGAGGAGCUUUGCACGUGUUGCUCACAUUCGCUCCGAUUUCUACAGUAAGAAUGGGAUCACUUGGACCGUGGAGGAAGGCUAUGGAUCUGUGACACCCGUCUAAAUGUGUUUCUUACAUCUGGUCACAUCUGUCACUGCGCAUUAGAGUCAAUGUCAAAACAAAUGUCUGAUGCUACAAGCGAAGCAGAUUGUUACUAACAUCCGUACAAUAUAAUAUGCAUUAAUCACAAUAUUUUGAUGUUACAGGAACAUGUAACAUUUUGAUGUAAUAGAAACAAUGUCAACAUGCUCAUGUCAUAAUUCAUGCCUAAAAAGAGAAUACAAAAUAAAAAAUGAUGUGAAAAAUGUAUGAAUUCAUUAAUAUUCUAAAAUAAUUGAUAUUAAUUAGUCCUGUAACUCACUCAUAUAAAUACAAAAAAGAAUUGUAUAUUUUUAAAUAAAAUGACUAUUUAAAUACGUAUACAUUUAAAUAUAUGCAUCUGUAUUUACAUAUACAUAAUAAAUAUACACAAUAUGCACACAUAUGUAAACAAAAACCUUUAAUUUUGUUUGUGCUUCAUCAUUCAACAGCACAAUUUUCUUCUCCAAACAGCCCAAAUUCUCAUUAUAAAAUAUUUCAAUAUAGUACUACAAUUAUAUACAAGAAAACAUAUGCUUCAAAAACAGAUAAAAAAAAUUAUGUUAAAUGUAUUUUAUUGUGUUAGCUGUAUUUUUUUAUUCUGUAACCUAAUCAAAAUAACCUAACUAUAGUUUGAUUGUGAUUAAUUAGAAUGCACAAUGAAAAGGCAUGAGUUUUGAGAACUGUUAUUCUUAUUUGAAAAUUAACUCUUCAUAUAUAGACAUAUGUGCAAGAAAGGAUAUAUAAAAUACACUGUGCGCGCAAUACAUAUAUAGUUAUAGCAAAGUAGUACAUUCUCCUAUGACUUGCU